AUGCAUGACCGAGCGCCUUCAGCUAGGACUUGGGCAUUAAACACUUGUGGGGCGCUUUGUUUAGGUUUAUUUCAAAUAAAUUCUGUACUAUUUACGUCAUGCUCUGUGAUGGAAAAGAAAACUUCAAUGAAAUUACUUACCUCAGGAGCUGGUUUGCGUCUUUAUGUGUUGAGGAAACUUAUUUUCUUUUGUAAUAUCUCAUAA